GUCCACACCCCUGAAACACACAUCGAUCAUGCUACGACCCUCACGCAGCACACUUCGGAGGCUCCAUCUUCUGCUGCAUCGUCCGAGCACGACGAUACCCAUCGUCGUGGACACGACAUGCGGCCGCCUUCGUGGGCACAGUACGUCCUCGAAAGAGAAAUCCAACGACAGCAGGACAGAUCCGAAUUCGCUGCAAAGCGACCAAGCGAUGAAAAUCACGCGCGUCGGCAUGUACGUGAACCUGGCCAUGGCGGCAUGCAAGGGGACUGUUGGAUGCGCAGUCAAUUCGUCCGCCCUUGUCGCCGACGCGGCCCAUUCCCUCUCCGACCUCCUUUCGGAUAUCGUGACCUUGUGGGCCGUCCGCAUCUCGCGGUUGCCACCCGACGACGAGCACCCGUAUGGCUACGGGAAAUUCGAAGCCGUGGGGUCUCUAACGGUGGGAGCCAUCCUCACUGCGGCUGGCGUCGGCAUGGGAUACGAUGCGUUCCACAUCCUCCAGACCGGUUUCUUCGAUGCGGCCACCGCCACCACCGUCGCCGUGCCGUCGUUUCUCGACCUCUCGUUCCUCACAUCACUUGAUCGAACGACCCAAUGGGGCAUUGCCGCCGGUGCCGCCAUCGUGUCCAUCGGGGCCAAGGAAGCGCUGUACCAUGCCACCGUGCGUAUCGGCAACCAGACCAACAGCAAGGUGUUGAUAGCCAAUGCGUGGCACCACCGCACAGACGCCAUCUCGUCAGUGGUGGCCCUCGGCGGCAUCGUGGGCAGCAUGGCGAACAUCCCGCUGUUUGAUCCGAUCGCGGGAGCGGUAGUGUCGUGCAUGAUUGCCAAGACAGGUGUCGACAUUUGCUUGGACAGUGUACGCGAGUUGACGGACAAAAGCGUGGAAGACGAAGUGCUCGACCUGCUGCGUCAUUCCUCGAGCAGUGUCGAAGAUGUCGUGUCGGUCAGCAACGUCCGCGCGCGACGCAUGGGGCCGUACACGUUGGUCGACCUCCGCGUGAAUGUCCAUGGACGCACGAGUGUGUCGGCAGCUCAACAAUUGGCGGCGCGGGUCAAAGCCGAAGUGUUGCGACGGGUGCCCGACGUGUCCGAAGUGCUCGUGCACAUUGACGUGGCCAACGAACACGACCACGACGACGGCAGCAGCAGCAACUCGGCCGAGCAAAUGCGGCCGUUUCGUGAAAUCAAGCACGAUGUUCUGCAUGCGAUCAAGGCGAUUCCAGAGAUUUUGAGUGUGACCCAUGUCAAUGUUCAUUGGGUGGUCCAUCGCGACCGGCCAUCGGAACUCGGCACGGCGUACGGCACCGACUUGGACGUGACGAUCGUGGUGCAUCCAGACAUGGCGGUGCGCGACGUCCACAACAUUGCGCGGCGCGCGAGGCGGGAAAUCGAGCGGCUGUCGUAUGUGGUGACGGCCGACAUCCAUUUGGAGCUGUACGACGAAGAGACGAUGGUAUUGGAUGAACGACCACCCGACCGUGCGAGCAGUCCUACGUGGCCCAGCCAAGUAGACCAUGUGACGCGAGAUGCAAACCCAUAAUACGACUGGUGAUGGUUGAA